UGGAGUUGGUCAAGAAUUGGGUCGGCGAAAACCCCGAUUUCAAGGCCGUGAGCGACCGGAACAAGGCCAACCGUGGGCAUCAGGGAACACACAGUGCGGGGAGCAGCAGCACCGAUCGCUAUCGGGACCGUCUGGUACAUAUAAAAAUGGAACAAGCUGCAUUUUUUUGAUUUUCGAUGAUAUGCAUAACAUUUGUUUUGUGAUGCAGGGGAAGAAGCUCGGGAGGGAAGUUGGUCAGAUGGAAGCGUGGACGCACAUGAAGCUAGUGACGCCCGGUCCGAACGAGCCUCGGCCCGCGCCUGAGAUGUACUACGGCAAGGCCAAAGAGAGCAAGGAAAAAUACUGCGAGGAGUACGCCAAGCUCCAUCCAGAGGUGGAGGACCCUAUGACCGAGCCGGUCGACGAGGUGGCGAUGAUGCUGGCGGGGUCCGGCCAGCCGCAUGGACGUCCUGCCUGCCUUGCUGGGGGUUUCAAGCCUCAGAGGAACUUCACGCAGAUCAAGGCUACCCUCCCCUCCGGCAGCUACGCUACCUCCUCGCGGACUACAUGCCGUUCUCGGGUAGAGGUAGAUACUCAGCUCGAGGAGGCCUAUGCAGUAGCUUACGAGGAGUAUCUCGAGAAGAUUAAGGAGCAUGACCUUAUGAAAGAUGUCUAUGUCCAGUGGACGAGCAACCAGAUGGCGAUUUGA